AUGUUUUAUGCUCCCACAAAACUCUCUUAUGGUUGUUUUGAUAUUUAUUUUUCUUUUUAUGGUGACUACUGGAAAGAAAUCAGAAAGAUAGCGGUUUUGGAACUUUUAAAUGCCAAGAAGGUUCUGUCAUACCGAGCUGUGAGAGAAGAAGAGGUUUUCUGGGCAAUUAAUCUAAUUCGCACUUCUUCUUUUUCUUCGGUUCCUGUUAAUCUAAGUGAGAUCAUGCUUAGUAUCAUGAACAACGUAGUUUGUCGAGUUUCUUUUGGUAUGAAGUACAAAGAUGAACAAAAAGAGGAUGGCAAUAAUAAAUUUUACUCGGUUUCUAAAGAAAUAAUAAACUUGCUUGGUGGAUUCAGUACUGCAGACUUGUUUCCAUGGAUGAGUUGGAUUCACAAGCUCGAUGGAUUAGACACAAGAUUAGAGAAGAGCUUUCGGCAUAUGGAUGAAUUCUAUGAUAAAGUAAUCGAUGAGCAUAUUAGUAAAUCAUCAGAAGCUGGCGUUGAGGAGGACUUUGUCGAUGACACAUUUGUUGCUGGAACGGAUACUACUGCUGCGAUACUGGUCUGGACUAUGACAGAGCUAAUCAGGAACCCAACAAUCAUGAAGAGAGCGCAAAAAGAGGUUAGAUCGUUUAAUGGAUUUAAAGAUAUGGUAGAAGAAAGUGACCUUCAUAAACUAAGUUACACGAAGUUAGUGAUUAAGGAAGCAUUCAGACUGCAUCCUCCUGCACCGUUAUUAGUUCCAAGAGAAACCAGAGAGAAAUGCACAAUCAACGGAUACGACAUUCCAAUCAAAACAAGCGUUCUUAUCAAUGCAAAAGCAAUUUCGACCGACCCAAAAUAUUGGAAAAAGCCUUACGAAUUUUAUCCUGAAAGAUUCUUAAACAGUAAUAUUGACUAUAAGGGUCAAGACUUUGAGUUGUUACCAUUUGGGGGCGGAAGAAGAGGAUGCCCCGGUAUCAGUUUCUCGGCGGUGCCUCUAGAACUUGUCCUUGCAAAUUUACUGCAUUGUUUUGAUUGGGAAUUGCCUGCAGAGAUGAAAAUAGAGGAUGUUGAUAUUAGUGAAGCUUUUGGACUUACAACACAUAAGAAGGUUCCUAUGUGCCUUUUAGCUUAUAACCGUAAAUGA